GCCCCUUGUGACCCCAUUUCAAAGGGCAGCAAAAAGGAGUGUUUGUGUGUUAGAAAAUUGAAGAAACAGAUGAUAAAGAGCAACACUAGAAAAGGAGAAAAGCAAAGAAAGCUGUAAAUGCCUCUCUCCUUUCUUUAAAAAUACCAUCAACAUUCCCAGCACACACAAACCAUACAGUUCAUAAAGCUUCACCAAGUUUUAUAUAAGGGCCAAGUAGAAGAAGAAACAAGUGAAAUAAGAUCAAACCACCAUGAGAGGAAGAGAAGCCAAAGGAGCUCCGUCAGCAGAUCUUUUAGUAUGUUUCCCAUCUCGAGCUCAUUUAACUUUAAUGCCAAAGCCGAUUUGCAGCCCGGCUAGACUAUCAGAGCCCAACAAACGCCACAAAAACACCCACCACCGUCGUCACCACAGCCAUCACAGCCACCGUCCAAAAAAAUCAACCACCGGAAGUAGUGUUGGCCAAGCUAGCCCUCUGUUAUGGGCCAAGAACAAGCAAAUGGGUGGCCCGGAGAUCACAGAACCAACCUCUCCAAAAGUAACCUGCGCCGGACAGAUCAAAGUCAGGCACAAGAGAAGUUCAUGCAAGAGCUGGCAAUCAGUGAUGCAAGAGAUUGAGAAAAUUCACAACAACAAGAAGCAUAAGAAAAAGCCCACAUGGGUUGAGUCUAUAGGGUUUAAAAAAGAGAUCAUGCAGUUUUUAACAUGUUUAAGAAGAAUAAGUUUCGAUUUUCGGUGUUUUGGUGCUUUCCCACAUACGGAAACUGUUUCAACUGAUGAUGAUGAUGAUGAAGAGGAAGAAGAAUGUCAAGAAAUCCCUGAGGCUGUAGAGCUAAGUGAUGGCAAUGAAACACCAAGAACCGUUUUUUCUAAAUGGUUUAUGGUGUUACAAGAAAACCAAAGCAAUAGUUUUUAUAAAGAGGAGAGAAAUAAAGAGAAAGAGCGUUCUCUUGAUGAUGAAUCAAUUGGUGCAUCUGCAGCACCUCCACCAAAUGCUCUCUUGCUUAUGCGCUGCAGGUCAGCUCCUGCUAAGAGCUGGUUAGAGGAGAAAGAGCAAGAAGAACACAAAAAGGAAAAAGACGAUAAAGAAGAAGAAGAAGAAGAAGACAGAAAAAAAGAAGAGAAAAAAACAAAAAGUACAAAGAAUUUGAAGACGUUAAUGGAAGAAGAAAAGAGAAAUAAUAAAGAGGACAUGGUAGUGAUGACAUAUGACACUGAUUUCUACAAAAUUUCAUCUGAUAUAGCAAAAGAGACAUGGGUUGUUGGUGGCAUGAAAGAUCUAUUAUCAAGGAGUCGAAGUUGGAAGAGAUGAUUCAUCAUGAUCAUCCCGGUGACCACUACUUUUCUCCAUUUCAGUUUCAAUUAUCCGACUUGUUAAAAUUUUAUCUUACCUUUUUUUCACUUCUUUUUAAAUACCUUUAUGUGGAUUGUUUCUCAAAAUAUAUUCCCUAUAUAAGUUGUUUGGGAACUGGGAAAAUUAACCAGUUUCCUCAUCAUCCAUAUUUGUACAGCUUAAUUGUCUUUCCUUCCAAUGGAAAUGAUUCUUUGCUGCCAUGUACAUUCUGUGUUAAUGUUAAUAUAUUUGCCUUAUAUAUUGAGAGUUGCAAAAA